ACAGUAGUACAUCUUUUCCACAGCAUCAUGCAGCUGCGAGCGCCAUGGGCCCUGCGCGAUAUAGAAGAUUUCCUAUAUCUACUCUGCGUUUUCCAUAUACGUUUUCUCCGGGUUGUUUUUCCUUAUCUGCUUUUCCAUGGGGUCAUUCCCAUUCCUGGUUACUUGAGAUUCCCCCGGUAUAUACAGAUCAGCCGUCCGGGGACAUACAUGCCCCGUGAAGCAGAGAUGUGGAUAUGAAGAAUGCAGUAAUGGAAGAAGAGGGUAGAAGCAAGGCCAUUUACUUUCCUUUUAAAGCUGACCAGGAGAAUAGAGUAUAGAGUAUAGAUAAUCUAUACUAUAGGCGUCAAGCGUGGUUCUAGUAUAAGCUUCUAUAUGUGAUACAGGGUGCCUCGUUCUAUCUCCAUGGCAGCGGAAAUGUCCGCAGUGUUCUCGAGGGCUUUUGUUUGCAUCUUUGAAAAUAUUCAUCUUUGUCGCUCUCCUCCUGCUCUCCGAUUCCCCUCUUCUUCUCAUAUACGCACAACAAACAACACAUUGGCGUAGAUUCUCAGCGGGGGCGGAUCCCCACAUACACCUUCUUUUCUCCAUCCCACCCCCUCUCUAUAGACUCCUAUUCCUCUUUACCUUCAACGUCUCCUUGCUUUUGCUUAUCAUUCAUUCACUUUUUGACUCUGAUAUCUCCUUUCGCUUGCUUCUGUCAAAUCAACUCAAGUCCCGUCUACCAAGCACUUAUAAUGGAUGACUUCCUACCAGGCUGGGGCGAUGGACUAAAGCCCCUCGAUGCACUGGGCAUCGUCUACGUGAUAUUCGACAUUGUCUGGACAUUCCUGGUAAUGCUCGGGCUCAUCUGGCUGUGGCGCAAUAGGUCAAUUCCCUCCGUCCGCAUGCGCAAUGUGCCCCUGGCAAUCUGCUCAGUGAUCUUUCUGCAUGGUUACGGGGGGUUCUACAUCCUUGCCUACCCACUCAAGGGGAUUCUGAGCUGUAGCCUCGAGUUUUGGCUCAUGAGUGGCGUACUUCCAGUGGGAAUUGCAUUGUUUCAGGCUACCAAUGUCCAACUGCUGAGCGUGGCAACUCUGCAACAGCGUUUCCUAAGGGACGAUGGCACCUUUGAAGAGCCCACUCCGCGAGAAAUCCGCUGUCCGUUCAACAAGUUUAAGUGUUGGUGGACACACUUGUCGUGGGCCAAGAAGACUAUGGUUGCGAUUGCAAUUGGGAUGUUUAUCGAGAUUUGUUUGUCUCUAUUUGUCUAUUUCGGGUCAAGAAAGUUUCAUUCAUAUGGCUUAUGGUCUGCGUUUGAGAAUCGUCUACGGUGCAGGCAAGGUGCCGAGUGGCUUCCAACUGUUAUCUGGCAGUUUUUUUGGUCGUGGAUAUUUGCACCCUAUGUCUUGUUCAAGAUUAGAAAUAUUAGAGAUGUCCACUGCUGGCGUUUACAAACGACCCUUUGCAUCGUUGCCGGUUUAAUUGCUCUGCCGAUGUGGCUUGGGUCUCUAUAUUCACCAAACCUCGAAUACAGUAAAAUGAACAUAUAUUGGGCACCGCCUUUAUGGUUCCUCCCUGGAAUCAUGAUGAUGGAAAUCGCGACGCUGUUCUUUCCUUUCUACGAGGUCGUGUUUUCACAGAAAUUACGAUCCCGCACUGUUCAUGCAAUGGGCGCCAUCGAAGAGUUUCGAAGAUCCAGCUUCCCUUCCAAGAACAACAAUCGCGACUAUAGCAUCGUAGCACUCGAGAAAGUUCUAAAGGGCGAUUCGCCUUCCUUCCUCCACUUCGCCGCCACGCACGACUUCUCUGGUGAAAAUAUCAUGUUCCUCAACCACGUUCGAGACUGGAAAGCAGCCUGGGCCCAGUCCCCAGCAAAUCUGAAGUUCCAAAAGGCGAACGCAGAGGAGAUAGAAAGCUACCGCCGUCAUCUUUACAACGUCGCUCUCGAAAUCUACGUAACGUACGUCCACCUGUUCGGAGCGCAGUUCCCUAUCAACAUCGAGUCAGAAAUCUACCGUGACCUGAAAACAGUCUUCAUGCCUGCCGCGAUGACGCUCAUGAGACUCCCGAAACGCAGACCCGGCCAACUCGGCGUCCCUGCAACCCCAACCGACAUCGAAGCAACCGCAGACAUCUUUCCCAUCCACCAAGCACCGGAACCGGACUCUGAUAUAAGCUUGCGGAAGCGCACCCCAGCUCAGGAGUACGAAGAUAUCUUGUAUCGCGGCCACCAGAACAUUGUCAACAUGGUCCCCCGUCUUCCUCCCGGUACAGUCAUCCCGGAUACAUUUAACGAGUAUGUGUAUGACGCUGCAGCGGGUUCUGUCAAGGUGCUGAUUCUUCGUAACACAUGGCCCAAGUAUGUUGAUCACCAAGCUUCGAUUCGGGAGCGGGAGGUUAAGAAGCAUAUAUACGCGCGCUUCGUGGCGUUUUUCAGCCGCCAGAAUCCCGUCGACGGCUGAAGGGGUAAGUAUUUUCUUUUGGGUGUCUAUGAACUUCAAACAUGUUCCCGAUUAAAUGAGGUAUCUUACGACGUUUUCUUUUAUUCCCCUCCGAUCAAUGGUUGUUGUUAUCGUUUCAUGCUGGUUUAUUGUUUCAUUUGGUGGAAUUUUAUGGCGUAUGUUAGCUGCUUGAAGGCAUCAAUGAACCGGAUAGGCGUUUGUCAGGAAACAUAUCAAGGUGAAUGAAAUAUGGGGUUGUCAAUGAUAAUGGAAUGGACGGCGGAAAGGAGUUAGUGGCUGGAAGGCGCACUUUUGGCUUGAUAUCUGGCGCCCUAUUGAUCUACAAUGUAUGGUGGCCUUGCUUUCUUUAUUUUAUUUUUUGUUUCUGGUCUUCGCUCUUCCCGCAUCAUCCUUCAUAGAGCUUGGUGACUCCUAAAUAUCGGGAUUGGGCUUUUUGUUAUCUCUUUUUUACUUGUCUUGCCCUGUACACUUGUUGCCUAAACUGGAGGGAUUCUAGUUGAUGAGCAUGGAUUUGUGGCGGUAACUUUUAGAUUUUGUUGCAGCGUCUGUGAACUGUGGGCCCCUAAUGAGUACCUUCUCCUGUUCUAAAGAAAGCAUAUACUUCAGGAAUGAGGUUAAAAUAUCAUGUAGUUAGAUUUGAUUUAGAUAUCUAAUUAAUCAACGAGCCGGUGUGAUUCGUU